GGACCGAUACGGCGCGCAUAGUAACAGAAAAUGAGCUACUUGCAAUGCUUCCUCCGGAUGGAGCAUUAAAUACAGCACAAGGAUUCCACCAAAGUGGCCCUAACAAUGGGCCGAUGGCGUCCUGUGCAUGGUUUGAGAGAUUUUUUAAUAUGCUCUUCCCGCCGGAUGAAAGUCAAGGACAGGAAACGGUUGCUCCUUGCGCUGCUGGCAGAUAAGC